GUGAAGAAGAAGGAGGAGGAGGCGCUGAUCAUGCUCUUGAAGGAGCGCGCGCUUCGACGCUGCGGGGCGUCGCAGCGGACGUACUACGAGUGCGUCAAGGGGAGGCUGAUCUCCGUCGCGUGGGCGUGUCGCGAGGAUGCGAACUCGAUGAACGCGUGCCUGAGCGAGCACACCACGGACGUGGCGCUGAGCGACCUGAAGCGACGAUGGGUG